GAGCAAACCGAGCAGCCGCUGAUGGGCGCCCGAUUAAGCUCCAUUAAAAAAGCGUUUUAUGCUUUAAAAUCGCAAGCAUUCGGCGGCAAACUCUAUAAAACCAGUUAAUGUCGGGGUUUUUGCAUUCAGUUAACGUUCGAGGAUUACACACGCCAAACACGCCAAACACGGCCAGCAAAAACAUGUCCCUGAAACAGUCGAGCAGCUCUUCAUGUUAUUGGUUCGGCUUGGUCCUGCUCACGAUGCUCCUGCAGCCCUCCGCGAGCCAAUAUUACGGAUAUCCCUACUACGGCGGGGCUAAUGCGGCAGCAGGAGCGGGAUACGGAAACAUCUACGGCAGCGGCAUGUACGGAUACCCCUACAGCUACGGCGGAUAUCCGUACUACUCGUACCCCGGCUACAACCCGUACUCCUCGAUGUACGGCGGAUACGGCCAGUACGGGUAUCCCUAUGGGGGAUAUCCCUAUGGCGGCAACGGCAUGAACGUGGCCUACGCCAGCAGCAGUGGAGGAUUCGCAACAGCCAGUGCGGGCGGAAGCGGAUACUACGGCUAAGCGGCUCGCAACCUGAGAUAGUUAAGUGUACGGUUAACGGUUAAGUCACCCUACUCCAUAAGUGUGUUAGUGCUAAUAAAUAUAUUAUUUAUGUACUAU